GAUCUUUAUCGUCGUCCCGAUUACCCCACCACCAAACUCAGUAACCUCAUUUGAUCUUCACUUCAAGAAUAUGGUUGGGCCAGCUGCCAACUAUAGAUCAUCAACAUAUAGUAACGGGUAUGAAUUGCCGGUAAAGAAGAACAUAUCAGCACUGGUAUUACUGGUUGCUGGGUUGUUGCUAGGCUUUGGUCGUAGGGUUUCAUCUCUCGCCAUAACUGUCGAGACUAAGGAAUGCGUCUACGAGAGUGUCAUGUACGAGGGAGACACCGUUUCUGGCAACUACGUGGUCAUCGAUCAUGAGAUCUUUUGGGGCACUGACCACCCUGGAAUCGACUUCACUGCGACGUCGCCAGAAGGCAAGGUUGUGGAAUCACACAAAGGGAAAGCAGGGGAGAAGUUUGAGUUCAAGGCCCCAAAAGCUGGAGUCUACAAGUUUUGCUUCUACAACCCAACUACGGCUCCGGAGAGCGUCUCCUUUUACAUCCACGUCGGCCACAUCCCAAAUGCUAAUGAAGUCGCUAAAGACGAACAUAUGGAUCCACUUAGCAUCAAGAUCGCAAAGCUAAGGGAAGCCCUAGCGAGUGUGAUGGCGGAUCAAAUAUAUCUGAAAGCUCGUGAUGUUCAACAUCGCCAUAUGAACGAGAGUACAAGGAGAAGAGUUGUGGUGUUUACCAUAUCAGAAUAUUUGGCACUGACUGCUGCCAGCUCACUUCAAGUAAUCUACAUUAGGAGAAUGUUCAGCAAGUCAUUUACUUAUAACAGGGUUUAGUUCCUUUUUCCAUUUUUUUCAUCUUAUUAUUCUUAUGAAAAAACUACAUAGAGUUAAAGUUAAUGUGAUGUACAACAUACGUAGUCC